AUGAAGCCUUUCUCAACCUAUGUAGCGACGAGGACACUCGGGUUAUUGACUUGCGCGCAGAAAUUCCAACGCUUCUCUCUCAAUGACUUCGCCUUCAUCGAGCAGCAAUCUGGCCGGACCCAGGCGACUCUACUCUUCGCGGCCAUCCUACGUGACAUCUUCAAUCACCCCGACUGGUCGCAGCUGCAUGCUUUUUUCAGCAAGCGGUUUUCUCCGGGAAAACAACCGGCCAAUGCCAGCAUGCGCACGCUGAGCCCGCCGGAAGAGCAGUCUACCUACAAGAAACCGACCGUGGUCGAAUUCCACACGGACCCCAGCUCCGUCGGCUUGCCCAAAGACCUGGCCAUCCUGCUUGCAAGAGCUGGUCGCACCGCACGCGGGGGUCUGAUGGGCCCCGACCCACAGCCAUGCGCGAUUGGCCCCGCCAUCAGCGUAGCUUGCGGUGCGGGGGCCUACAUGGACCUGACCUACGCAGAUAAGCCACCCGGCAAGUAUGACGAGCUGUCCAAUGUAGGUGGUGAGCUCUACGGCUGGAAGAAUGGCAACUUUGAAGUCAUCGCAGGCGCACUCGCGACCACGAAGAAAGGCGGGCGGGGCCGGUACUGGGCUGAAUGGACAGUCCUAUGGUCGGUCAUCGCCGAGUGGAUAUACGAGCACGACAGCACAGCGCUCCAGUUGGGACAUCUGAGCUCUCAUAGCUACAAGUAUCGACUGAGUAGGGAGGAGGAGAGCUCCUUCGAUCACUUUGGCAAGAUCCCACGUAAAUACCUCAAAACGGAAGCUAUCGCAGCAGCCGAGGCCGUCCACAAUGUCUUCGCCCAGCUGGCCAAAGAACCGACGCAAUUUCAGGGGAUUGAAUGGGACUUCUUGGAUCUUGCAGUGCCAGUUGAGGUACGAGAGGCGUUUCAUGCGCGAUUUGGGCAGAAAGGCGCCGACCAUGAAGAGAACCGCGCUGGGCUGGUACGCAAAGUUAGAGGGCCGGGGCAGGACUCGCUUGUAUACGGGGAUUCCUUGCCGUAUGAGGAGGUCAGUCCAAUGGCUUUGAAGCGUUGCCCGGAGAGUUUUCAUGGCGCUAGCUGGGAGGCAUGGCUGUUAUCAAUUGAGGGGGGUGAUGUUGUCAUGGUAGACACUAUGUUCCAAGUGAGUAGAUGCCAACCCCCACAUCAUUGGACAAUGGUUCUGACUGACUUCGCCCAAGGCACUCUGGGCGGUCAUGCUGCUAUCACAGCUUCCAUUGAAUAUCAAAAUUAUCGAAAAAAGUGA